CGCCGCGGGGCUGUUGGGGAACAAUAUCGCAAGUGACAGCCAGAAGUAGACUUUCCUCGCCCGGGAGCCCCGCGAGCAGCAGGGAGGGGGCGCAGCGAGGGGACCUGCACCCCCCCAACCCCCUCUCUCCCCCCUUUCUGGAGACCUGGUCCGCAGUGAUUCUCUGUUUUCUUCUUCUUUUUUUUUUUUUUAUUUUUUCCCCCUCUUUUUAAGAGAAGCGUCAGUCACCACCUCGCCUCCCCAGCACCACCACAGUGUACAGCUCCUAACGGGGUUCUGCUUUGUUUUUACGAUCGCCACCCCCCACCCCCCACGAAUCACUUGUCAGAUCAAUUUUAUCUUCUCCCUCCUCCCUCCUUCCUACUCUCCCCUCCUCCCCCAUCGAAAAGCCCCGUUCGCCGAGGUUAGACAUUUUCCAAACCCUAUAUGUUGUUUUUCGCAUGGUGAUUUUUUUUUUUUUUUUUUGCACCCCCCUCUCCCAUGGCUACUGUUCUAGACGUUCGUUUCUGCCCUUCCCCCGCUUAGGGGAGCGGGGGUAGGGGAAGAGAAAAUAAUACAAUUUCAGGGGAAGUCGCCUUCAGGUCUGCUGCUUUUUUUUUUUUUUUUUUUUUUAAUUAAAAAAAAAAAAGGACAUAGAAAACAUCAGUCUUGAACUUCUCUUCAAGAACCCGGGCUGCAAAGGAAAUCUCCUUUGUUUUUGUUAUUUAUAUGCUGUCAAGUUUUGAAGUGGUGAUCUUUAGAGGGUAACUGAGUAUGGAUCAUUUGAACGAGGCAACUCAGGGGAAAGAACAUUCAGAAAUGUCUAACAAUGUGAGCGAUCCGAAGGGUCCACCAGCCAAGAUUGCCCGCCUGGAGCAGAACGGGAGCCCGCUAGGAAGAGGAAGGCUUGGGAGUACAGGUGCAAAAAUGCAGGGAGUGCCUUUAAAACACUCGGGCCAUCUGAUGAAAACCAACCUUAGGAAAGGAACCAUGCUACCAGUUUUCUGUGUGGUGGAACAUUAUGAAAACGCCAUUGAAUAUGAUUGCAAGGAGGAGCAUGCAGAAUUUGUGUUGGUGAGAAAGGAUAUGCUUUUCAACCAGCUGAUAGAAAUGGCAUUGCUGUCUCUGGGUUAUUCGCAUAGCUCUGCUGCCCAGGCCAAAGGGCUAAUCCAGGUCGGAAAGUGGAAUCCAGUUCCACUAUCUUACGUGACAGAUGCCCCCGAUGCUACGGUAGCAGAUAUGCUUCAAGACGUGUAUCAUGUGGUCACAUUGAAAAUUCAGUUGCACAGUUGCCCCAAACUAGAAGACUUGCCUCCCGAACAAUGGUCGCACACCACAGUAAGGAAUGCUCUGAAGGACUUACUGAAAGAUAUGAAUCAGAGUUCGUUGGCCAAGGAGUGCCCCCUUUCACAGAGUAUGAUUUCUUCCAUUGUGAACAGCACUUACUAUGCAAAUGUCUCAGCAGCAAAAUGUCAAGAAUUUGGAAGGUGGUACAAACAUUUCAAGAAGACAAAAGAUAUGAUGGUUGAAAUGGAUAGUCUUUCUGAACUGUCCCAACAAGGUGCCAACCACGUCAACUUUGGGCAGCAGCCGGUCCCAGGGAACACAGCCGAGCAGCCCCCGUCCCCCGCGCAGCUCUCUCAUGGCAGCCAGCCCUCUGUCCGGACCCCUCUUCCGAACCUGCACCCGGGGCUCGUGUCAACGCCCAUCAGUCCUCAAUUGGUCAACCAGCAGCUAGUGAUGGCUCAGCUGCUCAACCAGCAGUAUGCAGUGAACAGACUUUUAGCCCAGCAGUCCUUAAACCAACAAUACUUGAACCACCCUCCCCCUGUCAGUAGAUCUCUGAAUAAGCCUUUGGAGCAACAGGUUUCAACCAACACAGAGGUGUCUUCCGAAAUCUACCAGUGGGUACGCGAUGAACUGAAACGAGCAGGAAUCUCCCAGGCAGUAUUUGCACGUGUGGCUUUUAACAGAACUCAGGGCUUGCUUUCAGAAAUCCUCCGAAAGGAAGAGGACCCCAAGACUGCCUCGCAGUCUUUGCUGGUAAACCUUCGGGCUAUGCAGAAUUUCUUGCAGCUACCAGAAGCCGAAAGAGAUCGAAUUUACCAGGACGAAAGGGAACGGAGCUUGAACGCCGCCUCGGCCAUGGGUCCUGCGCCUCUGAUAAGCACACCCCCCAGCCGCCCCCCCCAGGUGAAAACAGCUACUAUUGCCACUGAGAGGAAUGGGAAACCAGAGAACAAUACGAUGAACAUUAAUGCUUCCAUUUAUGAUGAGAUUCAGCAGGAAAUGAAGCGCGCUAAAGUGUCCCAAGCACUGUUUGCAAAGGUUGCGGCAACCAAAAGCCAGGGGUGGUUGUGUGAGCUGUUACGCUGGAAGGAAGAUCCUUCUCCGGAAAACAGAACCCUGUGGGAGAAUCUCUCCAUGAUCCGAAGGUUCCUCAGUCUUCCCCAGCCGGAACGCGACGCCAUCUAUGAGCAGGAGAGCAACGCGGUGCAUCACCAUGGCGACAGGCCGCCCCACAUCAUCCACGUUCCAGCCGAGCAGAUUCAGCAGCCGCAGCCACAGCAGCAGCCGCCGGCGCCACCACCCCAGCAGCCGCAGGCGCAGCAGCCGGCCGGGCCCCGGCUCCCCCCGCGCCAGCCCACCGUGGCCUCGCCCGCCGAGGCCGAGGACGAGAACCGGCAGAAGGCCCGGCCGCGCACCAAGAUCUCCGUGGAAGCCCUGGGAAUCCUCCAGAGCUUCAUCCAGGAUGUAGGCCUGUACCCGGACGAGGAGGCCAUCCAGACUCUGUCCGCCCAGCUCGACCUUCCCAAGUACACCAUCAUCAAGUUCUUUCAGAACCAGCGGUAUUAUCUCAAGCACCACGGCAGACUGAAGGACAACUCCGGCCUGGAGGUGGAUGUGGCCGAGUACAAAGAGGAGGAGUUGCUUAAGGAUCUAGAGGAGAGCGUGCAGGAUAAGAAUGCUAACACCCUUUUCUCGGUGAAACUAGAAGCAGAGCUCUCGGUGGAAGGGAACACGGACAUUAACGCUGACUUAAAAGACUGAGACAAAGUAUUAUUUUCCUUCAGCAGUGCCACUGGUAUUUCCUCACGAAGGAGAGUCCACCUUGUAUUCCCUCGGAAGACCCGUGCUCAUUGUUUGGCCAAUGAAUCUUCAGAAACUUGCACAACCAGGAUAGUCGGGAAAGGAUGGGUCAGACUGCACUAAAUGUUUUACUCUGUUUUACAAACUGCUUGGCAGCCCCAGGUGAAGCAUCAAGGAUUGUUUGGUGUUCAGAGUUAAGCUUUGUGUUCGCGGGACGCAUGGAGGUGUGUGCCCGGUUAGCAUGAUGCCAGUGAUUUUUUUUUUUUUUUAAUUAUUAUUCUGGAGCCUCCAACAAGCAUUAUAACUUCUGUGAUUAUUAUUUCCUUCCUUUAAUUAUUUCUGUAACACUCCACACUGAUCUUUGGAAACUCGCCCCUUAUUUAAAAGAAAAAAGGAAAAAGAGUUUGUUACUCUAUUGUAUGUUACAGAAGAACUCUAGACUGUGGAAUGCAGUUUAAAGAUGACAUAUGCCAACAAAUGCCUUGUAUUAUAUGGCACUGCCGUAAUUCAAAUUUGUUUUUAUUUUGGAAAUAAAAGUUCACUGUAAUUUUUUUUUUCAUUCUCAUCGUUACCUGAUUUUUUAAAGCAAAAAUGAAAAAAAUGUGAAACACGAUUUAGUCCUCAUUAUUUAUUUGUAGAUCCCGCAGCAUCAUGUUGUAAUUAAUUUUUUGGAAGUUUCCGUUAAAUGUAAUAUUGCUUCUCUUGUUACCAUACUGAUUCUUUUCUAUUUAUAAGUGUAUUUUGAUGGGCAGUAAAACAAAGUGUCUUAAAAGUUUUAAAUAGAGAAAAUGUGCUUUACACAGUUGCCUAUAAAAAGUGCUCUAUGUUAUCCAAGCAAUUCAUACUAUAAGCUUCACUCUGAUUGUUGUAUGCAAUUUUUACUCUCAUGCAAAUAAGCUUAGGUAAAUAAAACUAAUAGAUCACCUUAGAAAAUUAUGCAAUUAAUGUGAAAAUAAUUGAUGUUUGCAAUGUGUCUUCCUUUGGUUUACAAUCAAUUUUAAAGCUACAUCUGUAUAAAAUUUCUGUAUAAAGGUGUAUUUCUUUUUUAUGAGUUCAUGGCUAUGAAAACACCAGCUAUUUUGUUACAGCUGGCUGUUUUUAUAAGUGUAUCACAAUUUUCUUUAUGCAGAAAUGUUCUGAUUAGGAGUGGUUAUUGACUGUAACUACACAAUUAAAAUUGUUUGUAUGGUAUGACACGGUAGGGUUUGUCUGCUUAUGUGAAGUAACUUUAAAAGGGUGGCCCUCAGUUAGGUGCAUGUUGAUACUUUCUAGAUAAUAUUUUACUUGAUUUUAAAAGGCACAAGAGAAAACAAGUCACUGGAAACACUGUAAAUUUAAAUCACAGACACACACGCAUUUUUAAGGUAAGCAAUGAAGACGAUAACCUGUUUUGGGUUAACAUGUUGCUUAAUAUGCAGAGAUAGAAUGUUCAAAGGAUUUUGCCAGCAAAAACACAAAUCAGUCUAGCAGUGAGGUGCUUAGAAUGAAUUCAUCUGCAUUUAUUCCUCAGUACUUCAGUUAUGACAACUCUUUUCUUUCAGUUAAUGUAUAAAUAUUUUUAAAGGCCGUUAAUAGUAACGUAAAACGUGUGUUGGGAUAAGUGGACCUUCUGUAUAAAAACUCCUUAGUAAGCCAUGUAUUUUUUUUAAAGUUAUAAAUGGAAUGUAACGUAAUCACUCUGAGCUCAUUGGGUUGUAUAUGUCAUAAUUUUAAGAACAUGAAUAAGGAUAACACACCUGGGAUUGAAACACAAUAUUCCAAAUUCUUGCUACAUAAAACGCAGCAAACGCCAACAUACAAAGUGAGGUGUGCUAAUGGUCACAGAAAGGAUUGGGGCCAGUGUUGCAGUUUGUGGAUUUAUUAUUUUCUUUUUGAUAUUAGCUUUAUCUUUUCGCUUCCUCUUUCUAAGGUUUCUUAAGUGGUAAGAACAUUUAUCUGGGUUUGUUGAUACAUGGUUCCGAAGUCACACCUUCUCUUUCUGCCUGUCAUUCCCCAAGCCUGAUGAGUUCCUUGAUAAGCAAUGGGCUACUUAAGAAUUGUAACAAGCUGUAAUUGGGUUAUUGCAAACUCCCAAUCAGCUUAAAAUCUACUGGUUAGCUUUGAAGCACAGCUGAACUUGAUACUGUAUUGAAAAGUUUUUAGUUCUUUUUGUUAAAUGAGAAAAAAAAAAAAAGGUUCUGCUCACUUGAGUUCAAGAAAGUAAAAAGUUUGAAUUAAUAAAACUAGAUUCCAUGUAUUAAAUAUAUAUAUAUAUAUAAUAGAAGAAGCUAAAAUGCUAUGAAGUUUGAAAAUCUUGUCUUUUUUUCCUCUAAGUUUAAGGGAAAAGCUAGAGGAGAAAAUUUUUUUUUUUUUUAUCCAGUAACACUUAAGUGUCAGGUAUGUAUGAAGUUUAGUAAUUUUUUUUGGAAGGAGAAAUUGGGUUGCAACUAAGAUUUUUCCAUUCCUAAUAACCUAACUUCUUUUGAAGUAGCAUUUCAAUCACUUCAGUGCAUGUAAGAAAUCCACAUAAUACUUGACAAGUUCUCCCUUAGACCCUUUACCUUAAGCAGCAUAAUGUUGCUGGCUUGAUAUUUUAAACCAAAAAGAAGCAUGGCGAUAAACAAUGAUGGUCAUGACGGAGUGAGUAAAAUUGGUUUCAGGAAGGAUGGCACAUUUCGGAAAAGAUGUGGUCUGGGUGAUCUUAACUUUGCACCCCCCACCGAUGUCAUCUGCUGCUCCUACCAGCUAUUGCCAGUGAUUAUGGUACCAUUCCUUGAACAAGCUUCCUCGAGUCUAAGUAUUUCAGAGACUUUUAAAGCUGGGCAUGACAUAGCGCUUCGUGCUGUUAAGACCUUAGCAGAGUCAGGUAGUUUACGGGUAAUAUUCAACCUUGUGCUUCUGAAUCUGUCGUGGAUUCCUACCCUCAGCACUUUGCCACUAAUUUGUAAUACACUCUGUGGCCAUAUAAUACUUGCACAAUAUGCAAAAAAUAAUGUUGAUAGUUUCUCCUUGGCACAUAAUAUGCAGAGUUGACACAUAACCUUUGAAAACUAAGGUAACUAAUAUGUGCGCCCUAGUUGUGUGGCACCUGGUUACAAAGUCUGUACAUAUUAUGUAUAAAAUGUGUAUCGAUUGACAUUUAGUUCUAAGGAAUUCUGAGCUUAGAAGUGUUUUCUUUUUCCCAAGUAGUGAUAUCUAUAUCUAAUUGUGCUUAUCUAAAAUAUAUAGCUUGAGUAGAAAAGCCUUUUCAAGUGGUUCAAGAUUGAAAAAAAUGACAAUCCCAUACAUUCCAUGAUUAAAUUCUGCCCUAUUCCCUAUUGUUAUUGGCUGAUAUUAAGGUCCUUGAUUGUCACGAUAUUAUCAAUAAAUGAGGUAUUCUGAACUGCCUGGUGAUAUUUUCAAAAAAAAAAAGCAAUUAAAUGUGUAUUCCCUGUUAUGUAGCUAGUAGAAAUAAAACAACUGUGUUAAAGCAAGCCAGAAAUUUGCAUGAUAGUAUGGAAAUUAAUGGAGGUCCCAAAAUACUAAUCAGAUAUCCAAAACAUCAAAAGACACCGAAUCUACCUUACAAAUAAAUACUUUUGAUCUCUUAAGGGGACUUAUUAUGGAUUCAGUGUUCCUGCUGAGGCAAUUCUUUUAAUGUAAAUACUAAACACUUGCAUGUCUUUGGACAAAAGCUAAACUACAAUCUAUUAACAUGCACAUUUUUGAUAAAAAGUAAACUUACUAAAGAAAUGUGGUGGAAGGUGUAUGUCCAGAAUACUAUACCUGUUUUACUUACCAAAUGUUAAAUAAAAAUAGUUUGGAAUUAAUGCUUAAAAGAUGAGCAACAUGUUUAAGCCUUUCUUACAUUACCCUACUGAUGUGGAUCAUGUGUUUCCAAAAUUAAUUGCAUCAAAAUAAUUCUACAAAAAUUCCUUCAUGGCUUCUUACCUUUACCAAGGUUGUGUACAGUCACCUUCUGUCAACUGUUUGCAACUGCUAAUACCUGUUAUGAUCAAAAGCACUUGAUAUGGGCUCUGUUCUCUAAGACAAUGGUUGAUGAGGACUGAAUGUAGUAAAUAGCACAUUACAUUUUGUGUCUUACCAAGUUAAUACUUGUUGAAACUAAAGUGACAUAUUUUGCACUACGUUAAAUGUUGCACAUUCUUUCUUUCUGCUUAACGGAAACUCUGUUAUUGAGUAUUGACUUUUUAGUGGCAUGG